UCUUCGACAUUGAUCGGAUCGGAUCUACAAAAAAAAACUCAGUCAAAGAAAAAGAAGAGAUUGUUUUCACUUCACUAAGAAACUACUGAUUUGUCUAUGAUCAGGAAUUGUGUCAAACACCUUCAAUGGAAUCUUCAUCAGUCGAUUACGUUGGCUCAUCGUCGUCCAAACCCAGAAACCCUCCUGCUAAAUCCAAAGGUUCCAUGAAAUCUUUCUCAAUUGAUUCGAGGGGUACCAAGAAAUCAGAACGACCAUUGAAGAAGAAGACGUCAAACCCAGAACCAGAACCAGAAACACCAACUUCCCCUGAAGUUUUAGAAAGUUCUGAAUCCUCUGUUUCUGCUGAAUCCGAAACACCAAUUUCGAUUACACGGAUGAAGAAACAAUCAGAGCCGAGGUAUUACCCUAGCCCAACGAACACGUUUUACACAGCACCGCUUUACUCAGAGGCAAAACAGAGCUUUACAAACACAGAAGUCAGUGAAUGUGCAAGCACGAGCACUAUUGGUGUAGGCGGUAUUGAUUUGGAGAAGACGGGUUUAAUGAUAUACAGAGGAAGUACAGGGAGUGAUGUUAGUGAUGAGAGUAGCUCGAGUGGUAUGAGCAAUGCAGCUUAUAAGCCGCAUAGAGCUAAUAAUGACAAGCGUUGGGUUGCGAUUCAGGAGGUUCGAUCUCGGGUUGGUUCGUCCCUUGAGGCUAAAGAUUUCAAGCUGAUGAAACAACUUGGAGGUGGUGACAUUGGGAAGGUUUACUUAGCUGAGUUGAUUGGAACAGGAGCGAGUUUCGCUGUGAAAGUUAUGGAGAAAGCAGCUAUUGCAGCGAGGAAGAAGCUAGUUAGAGCUCAGACUGAGAGAGAGAUACUUCAAUCUUUAGAUCAUCCGUUCUUGCCUACGCUUUAUUCGCAUUUCGAAACAGAGAAUCAUUCGUGUUUGGUUAUGGAGUUUUGUCCUGGUGGUGAUUUACAUUCUCUCCGGCAAAAGCAGCCUGGAAAGUACUUCCCUGAGAGCGCAGCAAGAUUCUAUGUUGCUGAAGUUCUUCUAGCUAUGGAGUAUCUACACAUGCUUGGGAUCAUAUACAGAGACCUUAAGCCUGAGAAUGUCUUGGUUCGUGAAGAUGGACACAUAAUGCUAUCAGAUUUCGACCUUUCACUGAGAUGUGCAGUCUCUCCAACGUUAGUCCGGUUUGCAGCAACCUCGACACUUGACUCGAAAAGCUCAAGCUACUGUAUCCAGCCAACAUGUGUAGACCAAUCAAGCUGCAUUGUUCAGCCUGACUGCAUCCAGCCAGUGUGUUUCACACCUAGGUUCUUGUCUAAAAGCAAGAACAAGAAGAAGUCGAACGAUAUGAGCCGCCAAGUCAGACCGCUCCCUGAGCUGAUCGCUGAACCGACUAGCGCAAGGUCAAUGUCUUUCGUUGGGACACACGAGUACUUAGCACCAGAGAUUAUCAAAGGAGAAGGUCACGGAAGCGCAGUCGACUGGUGGACAUUCGGGAUCUUCCUCUAUGAGCUUCUGUUUGGGAAAACACCGUUUAGAGGAGCCGAUAACAGAGCGACGCUCUUUAACGUAGUUGGACAGCCAUUGCGGUUUCCCGAGCACCCAAGUGUGAGCUUUGCAGCUAGAGAUUUGAUCAGAGGAUUGCUAGUGAAAGAGCCUCAGCAUAGGUUGGCUUAUAGGAGAGGAGCCACUGAGAUAAAACAGCAUCCGUUUUUCCAAAGUGUGAAUUGGGCUUUGAUCAGAUGCACCAGUCCACCUCAGAUUCCUCAACCGGUUAAACCCAUGGAUCAAGCUCAUAGUCUUCGUCAUGGUCAUAGUCAAGGACAUGGACAGAGUGGUCAUGAUAAUAAGCCACCUGCUGUGGAUGUGAAGCCUUCUGGUAAUUAUUUGGAAAUUGAUUUCUUCUGAUUUGUGUCUUUCAACUAUCAGUUUUGGUUGGUUCAAUCUUGUUCUGCCGUAUUAUGAUUUUGUGCUACUGAUGUGUUCUCUCUUACCAAACAUUUGACUUGUGUUCUUCACAUUAUGGUGAGGUUGUAUCUAGUUUUUUUUUUUGCUUUUUCCAAUACAUAUAUUCGGAACAAGUUUCUUUUAAUGCAAUUAUGGAUAUGUAAAUUUAAUCAUUUGCAAUUUUGUGCUA